AUGGAGUUUAUUAAAGAGGAGAGUGAAGAUGUGACAUUUGAAGAAACAUUCAGAGUCAAACAUGAAGAGACUGAGACACAAACAGACCUGAUGCCGCUGAAAAAGGAGAGUCAAGAACUGAAUGAAAUGGAAGACAAAAUUCAGUAUGAGGAACAUCAUGAUUUCACAACUGGAGAAAAUGUGUUUAGCUCCUCACAGACUAAAACGACUACAGGAAAAAGAGCUCAAAAACCAGGAGCUAGAAGUCAUUUCACCUGCCAACACUGUGGAAAAAAUUUAACUGAAAAAAGAAGCCUUGAGGUCCAUAUGAGGAUUCACACUGGAGAAAAGCCUUACGCCUGCCAACAAUGUGGAAAUAGUUUCAUUCGAAAAGGAGACCUUAAAAACCACAUGAAUGUCCACACUGGUGAGAAGCCUUACACAUGCCCUCAGUGUGGAAGGGGUUUUACACGUAAACAAACUCUUAAUGCUCACAUAAAAAUUCACAAUGGAGAGACGCUAUACACCUGCCAACGAUGUGGAAAGAGUUUCACUGUAAAAGGAAAUCUUGAAGUCCACAUGAGGAUUCACACUGGAGAAAAGCCUUACACUUGCCAACAAUGUGGAGAAAGUUUCAUUAAAAAUGAAACCCUUAAAGUCCACAUGAGAGUUCACACUGGAGAAAAGCCUUACAUCUGCAAACUGUGUGGAAAAAGUUUAGUUAAAAAAGCAACCCUUGAAAGGCACAUGAGGAUUCAUACUGGAGAGAAGCCUCACACCUGCAAACUGUGUGGAAAUGGUUUCAUUCGAAAAUCAGACCUUGAAAACCAUGUAAGAAGUCACACUGGAGAGAAGCCUUACACAUGCCCUCAGUGUGGAAGGAGCUUUACACGUAAACAAAAUCUUAAAGCCCACAUAAGAAUUCACACAGGAGAGAAGCCAUACACCUGCCAACAGUGUGGAAAGAGUUUUACUCAUCAAGGAAACUUCAAAGGCCACAUGAGAAUUCACAGUGGAAAGAAAUAUUUCACCUGCCAACAGUGUGGAAAGAGUUUCAGAUGUAAAAUAUCCCUUAAUAACCAUAUAAGGUAUCACUCGAUAGAAGGAAUUUAUGUUAUCAGUGUGGAAAGACCUUCACAGAAAGUAAGCACUGUAAGAAUCAUGUAAUAAUUCAUAUUGGG